AUGACCAACCUCUGGCAACCUGGCACAUACUACGGACCUGGCUCCGAAGUCAAAUACAAUGGCGUGAACUACAGGAUCAUCCAACCACACUCUUCCCAGGGUGAUUGGACCCCCGAUGUAACUCCUGCUCUCUGGGGCCGUAUGCAAGGCGGCGACAACGAUAGCCACAAUAACAACAACAACAACCAGAACAACAACAGCCAGAACUACCAACAGCAGCAACCACAACAGCAGCAGCACAACAACUAUGGUCAAUCAGAUUACAAGCCCCCUCAACCCUCAGAACAAACUGGAUACGGCGGCAAACACCCAGAGCAAACGGUCGAGGUUACCCAUGAAGAGAAGAAGAAGAACUGGUUCGAUCUCGAUGAUGAUCGCAAGAAGCAAAUAGAGAUCGGAGGUGGUCUGCUCGCCGGAGCCGCUGCCAUUGGCGCUGGUUUCUUCGCCUACAAGCACCACGAGAAGAACGAGGAGGAGAAAAAGGCUCAGGCUUGGGGCGCGCAGAACUGGCUUGCUGAGGCUCAAUCCCGCGCUGAGGCCUUCAAGCGCAAUGGUCCCUCAACCGCCGCUACGUGGGUCUUGACAGAAGGCAAGCACAUCCCCAAGGAUGCAAUUCUCGUCGGUCAAGAGAAGAGCUGGAACUUGUACAUCUGCCGAGCCUUCAUCGAUGGCGGUGUCCAACUCGGCAAGGCUUCCGAUGCCUUCAAGAAGGGUGGUGUCAUCGGCUACGGUGGCGACGAGAAUCACGUCAGCACCUACGAAAUCCUCCUCGGUGACAUGCGUGGCUUGGUUUGGGUCAACGCACACGGUAAAUUGAACCCAGACUCCCUCGGUAAACGCCCCGUCGAGGGUGGUCGGGAGAAUGAUGGUACCCCAUUGUAUGUUGCAAAGGCCCCUUACAAAGGAGCCGUUCACCCCGGAAAGGCCAGCGAGAAGCUCAAUGGUGCCUACAUUCCUUACGAUGGUGAAGAGAAGCGCGUCGAGGAUUACCAAGUCCUUUGCUACGCUUAA